AUGGGUCGCCAACUUCCUCCCUCGCAUUUGAAAGUCGCGCCUGGUCCGCACGCAUUCCCGCAACGAUAUUCUCUCGGAGACACGGUCAUUGUAAAUCAACUCUCAGGCUUCGAGAAGGCGAUUCCUGCGAUUCCUGCGAUUCCUUCGCUGCCCGGUUUUAGAACAAGUGCUGCGUUCCUCACAUCUCUGAGUGCCAACUUGAGAAUCGACCCAGAUCUGCCUUCGCCAUUGGGCACCCCAACGACCUUCCGCGCUGGCAGCUACCAAUUCCACAACUCGCAUCUGCACCUACCCACCCCCUUAUCCUACUCGACACUACCCGCUCCAGCAUAUCCGUCACCCCUCGAAGCCGAAGUCAUGCCUCCCAGCGAAGCAUCUGCCCCCGUGCAGCCGCCUACCAACGAGCUCCCCCAGCUUUCCACGUACACCGCCGAGUCCGAAGAUGACCGUAUCGAUGGCCUGAACUUGAUUGCCGACUCCGUAGCCCAGCAGCGUCAGGUCGCGAGCAAGAUGAUGAUCUUCCACCCCAUCAACCUCGCUGCGCUAGGUCUUAUCAUGGCCAUCGUUGCGCAGUACAUGCUUCGCAAGUAUGGUGACUACUUUGUCUUCUCCACGACAGCUGGUGGUCUUACCAUGGCAUUCCUCAUUGGCGUGCGAUGGCUCACUGGCGGAUACAUUGGCCUUGCUGAGGAUAUUGGUACGGAGUGGCUUGGCGACGACCGGGUGAUCGUUGCAAAGUGGGGAGAGGACAUUAUCGGGGCUCUUGUGCUUGGGUGGGCAGACAGUGACGCAGCAAAGAAGCGCGGCCGAAGACGGAGGGGCAAGGCUCUCAUCCGUGGGUGGACCGUGAAGUUGAAGUACAGAGGCAAGGGUGUUGGAGAGGGCUUGCUGGAAGAGGCUGUCAAGGUCGCUGGAGAGAAAGGCGCAGAUGGUAUCUUGUUUGCCGGAGACCAUGCCAACUCCAAACGUAUCCUUCCAGCCAUCUACAACGGCUUCCUCGACAAGCAAGAGGCAAAGGCCGAAAAGGCACUUCGCAAGGUGGCAGACGACAAGGGCAACUUCAGACAGCGCCAGUCAUCGCCAACCUGGGGCAGCAGAUGA